AUUGCGUCAAUACAUAAUUGGGGUGGUGUUUAGAUAUGAGUGACUUGAGCUCCCAAUUGUCAGCUUUCAAGAACAAGAUCAGAAGCGGACCUUAUGUUCCAACGCCACGCCAGGCUAUUAAUAAGGCUAGUGAUCUAAAUCCCGUCUCCAACGAAGUGCCGGUCAGAGAAGCCAGAGACGUGACUACUGCUUCCUCAAACAAGAGACCUCCUGACACAGUCAAUGAGGCCAUCAAAAGACAAAGAACUGCUUUGAGAAAUAUGCCAGGAUCACAUUUGUCUACUCAGUUACAUUUGGCGGUAGAACACAUCAAGCAAAAUGAUAAACCUAUUAAAGUCAAAGAUUUGCAAGAAUAUCUAUCAUUCGACAUUACUCAAACAUUAUUGCCAUUAUUGAAAGAAAUCGAUAGACUAAAGUAUGAUCAUAAAAGUGAUACAUUUGAGUACGUCAGUUUGCACAACAUUCGUUCUUCUGAGGACUUGUUAAACUUUCUAAGAGUGCAGCCCACAUUUAAAGGGAUUCCAGUUAAAGAAUUAAAGGACGGUUGGGCUAACUACUUACAGUCUAUCAAUGAACUUGAAGCAGAAAACAAGAUAUUGGUAUUGAGAACUAAGAAAGAGAACGCCCCUAGACUAGUUUGGGCCAAUUUCGGAGGGAAUUUGAAUACUAUUGACGAGGAUUUCAAAUACAUGUGGACAAGGGCGAAAAUUCCUAAUCCUGAUGACUUGUAUCAAGACUUGGUAGAUCAAGGAUUGAAACCGACAGGCGCUGAUCCUAAUAUCAUAAAACGUAAACCCAAAAAGGAGGAAAAGAAACAGAAGAAAACCAGAAGAGGAAAAAUCACUAAUACGCACAUGAAGGGUAUAUUAAGAGACUAUUCUCAAUUCAUGUGACUCUAUAAAUGGACUAUUUGUUUGAAUCUAUAAUGCAAGACUAGUAACUUUUGAAAUGAAUAAGAUGGUUCCCCAACCAUGCGCGUACUUUUCAAACCGGUUUGCUAUAUAGUUUGCGUAACUUUUAUCCCUACCAUCUACAUCAACUUCGCACCUGUCUCUGAGUGAAUGAAAAAUUUAGA